AUGUCGUUUCCUCCACAAAAUCUUCAAAAUUUCCAAGGUUUUGGAAAUUUUAUGGAUCAUCUGAAUUAUGCCCCUCGAGGUCCACAUCAACUGCUUCCAGCCGAAUAUUGGCAAAACAUGAGUCAUCUGUAUUUCACGUCGUCGGUUGUUCAUGGAUAUGGUACCCCGCAUACAACUGGUAUGUCUUUCACUCCUUCGAUGUCGAAUGAACCUGCAACUCCGACUUUUGUUCCGGAGACUCAACUUUCCGACCGUGAAUCCCCAAUUGAGGUGGUUGAUUUAGAAAAGGCGGUUUCAAAUGCUGAGGGUACAAGAAAGCGUUCAAGUUGGACAAAAGUUGAAGACGAGGUCUUAGCGAGAAGUUUUGUCACUAUCAGUGAUGAUCCAAUAAUCGACAAUGAUCAAAAGGCGGAUGCUUUUUGGGGACGAGUUGCAAGCUACUACAAUGAGAAUCUUCCCCUAGGUUCAAACAUCAGAAGUGCAAAUGUUAUACGGUCACAUUGGCACAAUACAAUCCAAAAGAAGGUAUAUCGAUUCAACACAAAUUACAAUAAUAUUUAUAGUUCAUAUCAAAGUGGUCACAGUGAUGAAGAUAUAUUGAGAAUUGUUAAAGACAGUCCAAUGUUUACUCCACAGUCCACUGAUCACUUUGUGGCGACAAAGAAGACGAGGACCUCAGAGUCGGGAGCAAGCAACACCUCCUCCAACCAAGAUGUGAGUAUAGACCUGGAUUAUGAAGAUACUCGUCCAAUGGGGCAAAAGUUCACUGAGUACACAAGCGUGAAGAAAUCCGAAGUCGAUUUGAAACAAAAACAAUUCGAAGUAGAGGAGAUUAAGGCAAAAACUACAUUGUCCAAAUCUGAAGCUAAGAAUCGUCGCUUGGAAUUGAAGGAGUACGAAAUAUUGAACAAAGACACCUCGCAGAUGACAAAGGAGCAGUUAUCAUACAUGAAUGCCUAUGCAAGGAUAUUAGGUCAAAAUGGAAUAUCUAAAUUAUUUACUUAA